AUGCUGACGAUUCAACCUCACUCCUGGCUCGCAGAUAGCAAGAUGUGCAAAGCGCAUGAUGAGACAGAACAUUUUUUGGAGCAAGGAGUAGUUGACCACUCCAGCAACGACAUCGCACGAGAGUCACAAAAUUACAGUACGGUGGAUCACCACGCCCAGCUGUGUAUGGGCCAGUGGAUCCUAACUUCGUACACGGGGGCGAUUUUGAGAACGAGAAAGCUCAGGCUCGCUUGUGGAACUAUUGAAUCGGGGUUUGGCGCGAUGCCCCAGAGAAACACCACCAGCCCCGGUGAGGUCUAG